AUGUCUCGUGGUAAGGCCAGUGACAUGAAUAGCCUUGCGCAGUUCGAGGCACACAAAGUGGCCCUGGAGGCACAGUUUGAGCAGCGACAACAAAGCCUCGAAUCCGAGCAGAGGAAACUUGCUAUCGAGCUCGAAGAGGCAAUCACUGCCCUCGGUGAGGCCCAGGCCGAGCGUAAUGACCUGCGUCGUGAAGCUGCCGAGCACCGGCAGCGAGCCAAGAACCUAGCAGAGGAAGUUGACGAUCUGCACGCGAAAAUGGACAAAAGCCUUCAGCGCAAGAACACCGAAACACAGGAACUUCUCGAGCUCCGUGCCGAUCUGGAGUCCAGCAAAAUGGCUCUUGAGGAGACCAAGGCAGCGCUUGCGGCAGUAAAGCAAGCACUGGCAGAUGCCAACGUCAAUCUGACCCAACUGCGCGACUCGCUCCGCCAGGAAGAAACCAAAUCGGCCCUCUUUCGUGAGGGCAAAGCUGCCUUUGAAGAACGCUGUAGCGAUCUCGAAGUGAAAUGCGAAGGCCUCGAAAGUCAGGUCGUUGCCGCGCGGGAUGCCAACAAAGAGCUGCAUCUUCUCAUGGCUGGACAGAUCGAGGACCUAAAGGCAACCAAGAAUGCACUUCAGGUCCGCAUUGGUGUUCUGGAAGAAGAAGAGGCUAAUCGAGUCACAGCCACAGCUGCAGCUGUGGCCGCUGCUGCAGCGGCAGAAGAGAAAGUUUCCGAGAGUGCCAGCAAGUUUGCCAAUGAAAGGACGUCCCUUGAGGAGAGACUAGCCGCAUCAGAGUCAAAACGCACUGCGCAGGAAAGCGAGCGAAAGGUGGUCGAAAAAGAGGUGAACGAUCUGAAAGGCCAAAUCAAAACGCUGAAUUCCAACAUGGUAGCCAAAACUACUGAGCUUGAGGCACUAAUGGGAGAAUUCGAGAAGGUCAAGAAGGAGAACACUGCUCACCAAGAAACAAUCACCAGAUAUGAAGCCGACUUGGACAAAGCACACCAGGCGGCAGAAGGCGCAGUCGUCACUGUGGAGACGGAGACUUCAGAUUCCCUCAGGGAAACAAUUUCAAAGCUAGAAGAAGCUCGCGCAGCUCUAUCAGCAGAAUGUGAGGCACUGAAGGUCAAAGCAGCGACCGACAUCCAGGCCACUGCCGACAGCGACAACAUCGACUCCACGACGCCUGAUGUCGAGCUUCAGGAGAAGUACUUAAAACUUGAGAGCACCCACAUUGAGCUGCAAGAAAAAAUCACUUCUCUGGAAUCUAGUCUUUCCUCUGAAAAAGAAGCUGCAGCUGCAGCUUUGGACAAAGCCCAAACAGACGCCGGGAACGCUCUAGCAGACGCGCAGAAUGCCACCACAGCUGCCAAGGCGGAAGCCGCUGCCCAUGCUGCCCAGCUCCCAGAGAUCACGCAGCAAAAUAUCAAUUUGGCUGCCGAAAUUGCGGCUCAGAAAGAGAGUCUACAGGAGUUACGCGCUGCAUACGCCACAUCCGAGGCCGAAGGAAUGGCCCUUCGAGACCAGUUGGCGAAAAUGCGGGCCAAACUCGCCGGUGUUGCCGGAUCGGUGACCAGCAAUGGCAGCGGUGCCUCGAAAAAGGGAGGCAAGAAGAACAACAAAGACGACCUGGUCAUAGUCCGCACACCUGGUGAUCGCGGCCGAUUUCAGGUAAUGCGCAAGUCAGAUCUCCAUAGAAGUCCGUCGCGCAGCUCACGGAAGAACGACUACGACUCGGCCUGA